UCAGCUUACGCAACAUGAAACUUAUUCUGAUCUCAGCCUGCAGAGGAGCCGAGGGAAAUGUCUUCAACAGGGCUGCACGCUGGAGGUGUCGUCCUGCCGCCUGCAGGAGUCUGCAGGAGGUCAGCAGAGAAACAUCAGAGGAGCAGUGGAGGAGUGAGGGAGGAGUUUCAGUGGUUCACUCCAGCAAGAGGGAGAAGAUGAUCUCCAGCCUCCUGCUGCUGCUGGUCAUGCCCUCCUCUGUCUCCGGAAGAAUUGUUGUGAGUGUGAACCAGACUUUCUACCAUGCUGUGGAGAACAGUAACAUCAUGAUGGAAUGGACCUUCCCGCCCAUCAUACCCCUCACAAACUUGAACGUCUAUUGUAUGUUUUGGUUGUCCGAUGAUAGGACUGCUAAGACUUUAUAUCAUCUACAAGGCGGCGUUGAACACCCAGAGUCUCAAGACGAGCAGUUUUUGGGACGAGCUCGAUGGGACAGGGAGGACCUGGGAAAGGGACACGUCAGACUCCACCUGUCCAGACUCAGGAUCAACGACUCCGGGAUUUACCAGUGUCAAGUGUUCACUGAUGAUGAUUAUAAUGGGGGUUUCAGUGAGUGCUUGCUCAACGUCACUGCUGCAAAACACCUGCCAGAAGAGCCAAAGGAGGGAGAAGAUGGAGCGGCCGUCAACAUGGGAGUUGUGAUUGGAGCUGUGAUCGGUUCUCUUGUAGCUCUGAUGGUGGUGAUAUUAGUUUGUGGACUCUGUCGCUCAAAAGCACAAGAUACACCAGGACCUGCCCAUGUUGAGUUCCACCAUGUUCCUGUGACUUGAAAAGAAAUAGUUCCUUCAGCCCUGCCGCUCCAUGAGGGAACAGGCACUCCACAGAUGAUUCGUGGUUUUUGUCCACAAAGCAGAGAGAUCGGAACUGAGGAGGUGGGAGGAACAUGGAUCAGACUGUCCAUCCAUACAACAUCACAUUACAGCUGCUCUCAGGAGAUUAAAGGAUAAUUCUGGAAUGUUUCAACCUGGAUUCUAUUUUUGGGGUCCAUGUGACUGAUAGGAACAAAAACAUUUUUAAAUUCGUCCAGUAUCAAGCAAGAUGGCUUCACUCAGCAACUGCAAAACGGGCUGCAAUGAAAUCACAGGGGCAAGUUCAUCUGUGAAAUCAUGUCCAGUAAAAGCUCCUGUUUCUGCCACUGACAGGUUCAGAUUGUUAUGAUAAGAGUCUGACAACAUCAUGGAAAAGAUCCCUGCAGGGACAGACGUGUGCACCACCUGAACAGAAGGCUCACUCUGAAAUCUCACGUGAGCUGAGACGCUGCAGGAAGACGACAGUGGAAAGGUGAGAGUUGGACCGGCUGGGAGGAGUUUGUUGCUUUGUGGUACAGGAAGCCUAGCUUAGUGUUAUCUAAAAGAUU